UCCAGCUGGGAAGUUCUGAGAUUUCUUCUCUCCAAUCUAAGAUGGUGGAUAGAAGAGUAUGCCUUUGAUGGGUUUCGAUUUGAUGGUGUAUCAUCUAUGCUAUAUCACCAUCAUGGAAUUGGUGAAGGGUUUAGUGGAGAUUACAAUGAAUAUUUUGGUAUGCAGGUUGAUGAAGAUGCAGUGGCAUACCUGAUGAUGGCAAACUACAUGAUACAUUUUUUGCAUCCAGAAUGUAUAACUAUAGCAGAGGAUGUUUCUGGAAUGCCAGCACUUUGUUGUCCAGUAAUAGAAGGAGGAUGUGGAUUCGAUUAUCGGUUGGCCAUGGCAAUUCCUGACAAAUGGAUUCAGAUAAUUAAAGAGCGUAAGGAUGAAGACUGGGACAUGGGAAACAUUGUGUUUACUUUAACAAACAGACGAUAUGGAGAGAGAUGCAUUGCCUAUGCAGAGAGUCAUGAUCAGGCCCUUGUUGGUGAUAAGACUUUGGCUUUUUGGCUGAUGGAUGCAGAGAUGUAUAACUAUAUGAGUGUUCUUUCACCUCUCACACCAAUUAUUGAUCGAGGAAUACAGCUUCAUAAAAUGAUACGACUCAUUACUCAUUCUCUUGGAGGAGAGGGCUACCUCAAUUUCAUGGGUAAGUCAGUUGGGAUAUUAUCUUCUGAUUUCCUUCAGCAUAGUACAACUGUGAUGACAUUUUCUUGUUACAAGUUGGACAUGAACUAAGUAGAGAGCCAAAGC